GGCGCCUCUACCGGCUGCACAGCUCAAACUCAGCAGCUUCUCCUCGCCGCGGUCACGGAGUGUUUGUCCCGAUCAGCUCCACAUGGCGGCGUAGCUGCACCUUAGCCGGUGUGUGUGCCGCAUCGUUUCUCUCUCUCUCUUUCUGAGACCCUUUCUCAAAACACACUCAUAGACGAGCAGCAGAAAAGAGUUCAAUACACACAUCUAUUGUAUUAACUCCCUCUAUCCCUUCUGUCUGCUUCCUUCAUGCCCUCCUCCCCCCCUCCCCCCAUACCGCCACCGGACAUGCGGUGCAUCGCGCACCUCGACAUGGACUGCUUCUACGCCCAGGUGGAGGCGGUGCGGCUCGGCGUGGACUGCCGGACAACACCUUUUGUUUGUGUACAGUGGGGCAGCUUCAUCGCUGUCAACUACCCAGCCCGCGCCCUCGGUGUGCGACGCUUCCGGCAGACCCUCGAAGACGUCCGAAAGGAACACCCCGACUUGAAGAUGGGCCACAUCGCGACCUACAUGAUUGGGGAGCUGGAGUACGGCUACCCCGACGCACCGAGGAUCAACACCCAUAAGGUGUCGCUAGAGCCAUACCGUCACGCGAGUCGGCUGAUCUUUGCGAUUCUGCGAUCGGAACCAGGUGUGGUGGUGGGGAAGGCCGGCAUCGACGAGGCGUACAUCGACGUGACGGAGGCGGCGCAGCGGGAGCUGGCGGCGGUGCGUGCGGCGGCCGGCGGCCCCGACGUCGCGCUGGACGCGCUGCGGGACGUGAUGGAGCCAUCGACGCGGUUGAUCGGGGACCGGCGGGCGGAGAUGCAGGCGUGGUUUGGCGAGCGGGGGACGUCGCUGGAGGCCGUCUUCGACGCGCCGAUGCGUGCGCUGCUGCGUGGGGAGCGCGGGCGUGCGGUGGAGGGCAGCCGCGGGUUCUGCGUGGACGGCGACGACGGUGCCUACGCGGCGCGCUGCCUGCUGCUGUGUGCGGCGUCGCGCGUGGUGCACCGGCUGCGGCAGCGCAUCUACGCGGAGCUGCACUACGACUGCUCCGCCGGCAUCGCGCACAACCGCGUGCUGGCGAAGUGCAUCAGUGCGACGCACAAGCCGAACCAGCAGACGCUGCUGCUGCCGGACCGCAGCGCGAGUGCUCUAUUCGAGCUGCCACUGACCCGGCUGCGCGGGUUUGGCGGGAAGUUCGGUGCUGCGGUGAGCGCGGUGUGCGGCGGUGCGACGGACUGCCGUGACCUGUGGAUGGUGCCGCUGCCGCAGCUGUACGCGUUGGAUAGCUCCGCGUUUGCACCUGGCGAUGACGACGAUGGCGGCGACGACGAGGAUGGCGGAGGCAGCGUCGCGCAUGCGCGUACAAAGCAAAGGAGGAUAGACGCAACCGAACCGGAUAGGGUCAUCCACGGCGGUGGUGACAGGAGCCCCUCCGGCGUGGCAGAGUACACGUUUUUUCGCCUUCGCGGCGUCCACGGCGACAAGGUUGCCGAUCCGGCUCUCCCGCGCUCCAUGGAGGCCAGCAAGAUUUUCCACCCCUCGUGCGAGUCGUGGCGGGCGGCGCGUCUGUGGAUGCCGCCGCUAGCGGCUGAGCUGUGGCACCGCUUCCGCCACUACGAGUCCUGCUACUACAAAAGCGGCCGCAGCGUCGUCGUGUACUUCAGCACAUACGUGACCGAGGAUGAGAGGCGGCAUGGGUGGCGCUCGCAGAGUUACCGUCGACACACCGCGUUGCCGGUGGAGAUCGACGGGGCGGCGAUGCUGGCGGAGUAUGGACUGCGUGAGUUGGAGAUGCUGAUGCGGGACGUGACCAAGGUGGACAUCGUACCUUUCAAAUGGAACUGGAAGUCUUCUCGAGCACCUUCGACGGAGCACCUUGACGUGUCAACAGCGGCAACAACGGCAGCAACGGCGACAUGUGAAGAAGAGCGACAGGAAGCGACGGCGCCGUACGACACGGAGGACGACAGUAAAGUGCCGAUGCCGCCGCUGCGUGUGAUCGGCCUCUCGAUUAUUGGUCUCCGCUUUCGAAGUGCAGGAGACGAAGGGGCCGAAGGACAGAAUGGUGGCGCUGCGGCCGUCGAGUUGCCCCAGCGAUCGUUGAAAGAUAUGUUUGCCGACAUCUCCGCCACGCACGGCGCAUCUUCAAAAGAGACGACACAGCGGAGCUCCUCGGAAGGAAGGGAGCGAAAGCGCGCGCGGCCAGCUGUUGAUGACGCGCUGUCUGUGGUGGAGGUCGACAGUGGCGAUGAAGCGGACGAUGAGGUGUUCGACAAGGGCGAACAGAGGCCCGUCGACAGCAGCAGCGCCCACAUCAACAACGACGACGAGGCGGAGAAGAAAGGUUUGGCGGACUCAAAAAGCGGCGGAUGCAAAUCUCACUCUUCUGGGGGUGUGGCGUCUCCUCCGUUGUUGCCACCGGCGCCAGCACCGGCACGGCGAACCCUUGAAGAUUUCUUCCACCAUUCUCCGUCGGCGGCGGCAAUUAAGGCGAACGCGAAGUCGGCGAAGGUGACGCCGGCGGAGGAGGGGGAUGGUGAUGGUGCGGACACAGCUGAGGUAAAUCUGAUGGAUCGCCACCACCACCUCUUACGCAGCUCCACGAGCGUCGUCGAGGUCAGCUCUGACGACGACGAGACGCAGGAGGGGGAGGCCACUCGGCGAGGGAAGGAGAAGCCACACGACAGCAGGUGA